AAAUUAUGCCAGCAGCACCAGAGUCGCUCCCCCUGGUGACGUGCCAGCUCAUUGGUCAGACUACUCUGCCCUUCUUUAGCCUCCCUGUCUACCCUGGCAGAUCCAUGCUACUGGAUGCUCCUCACAGAGCCACGCCCGCACCAUGAGCGCCAACGGGCCCGCCCCAGACCCAGCCCCCGCGGCCCCAGCGGCCGCUCCCGCCUCAACCCCAGCCCCUGCUGCGGCCCCAGCCCCAGCCCCUGCGGCACAACCCGCUCCUCCUGCCCUGCCUGCCCCAGCGUCCACUACCAUCCCGGUAGGUGCGUUGGCACAGAAGAAGCGGCAACAGUAUGCCAAAAGCAAGAAACAGGGCAGUAACGCCAACAGCAGGCCACCGAGGGCUCUGUUCUGCCUCAACCUCAACAACCCCAUACGCAGGGCCUGCAUCAGCCUGGUGGAGUGGAAGCCAUUUGAUAUCUUUAUAUUAAUUGCUAUUUUUGCCAACUGUAUGGCCUUAGCUGUCUAUGUCCCCUUCCCGGAAGAUGAUUCUAACUCCACAAACCAUGACCUGGAAACGGUUGAGUAUGCCUUCCUCAUCAUUUUCACAAUUGAGACCUUUCUGAAGAUUAUCGCUUAUGGUUUGGUGAUGCACCAGAACGCGUAUGUGCGAAACGGUUGGAACAUGCUGGAUUUCGUCAUUGUCGUCAUAGGACUCUUCAGUGUUGUCUUGGAGCUUUUGACCAAAGAGGAGAAAGUAGAAGAAGAUGGAGAAGGUAGCCAUCCAUCAAUGCACGGGCAUGGGGGUAAACCAGGUGGAUUUGAUGUUAAAGCCCUUCGAGCCUUCCGUGUGCUGCGACCCCUGCGGCUGGUCUCAGGAGUACCCAGUUUACAGGUGGUGUUGAACUCCAUCAUUAAAGCCAUGGUCCCUCUUCUUCACAUUGCCCUCCUGGUCCUGUUUGUCAUCAUCAUCUAUGCUAUUAUUGGCCUGGAGCUUUUCAUCGGUAAAAUGCACGCAACCUGCUAUAUUCCUGGCUCAGAUGCGAUAGCAGAAGAGGAGCCUGCUCCAUGUGCGAUCUCAGGGCACGGGCGCCAAUGCCCCAUCAAUGGCAGCGAGUGCAGGGAAGGCUGGCAAGGUCCCAACGGUGGCAUCACCAACUUUGACAACUUCCUGUUUGCCAUGCUGACAGUGUUUCAGUGCAUCACCAUGGAGGGCUGGACGGACGUGCUGUACUGGAUGAACGAUGCUAUGGGCCUUGAGCUUCCAUGGGUGUACUUUGUCAGUCUUGUGAUCUUCGGCUCCUUUUUCGUGCUUAAUCUGGUUUUGGGUGUGUUGAGCGGAGAGUUCUCCAAGGAGAGAGAGAAGGCCAAAGCUCGUGGAGACUUCCAGAAGCUUCGUGAGAAGCAGCAGCUGGAGGAAGAUCUGAAGGGUUACUUGGACUGGAUCACUCAGGCUGAAGACAUCGACCCCGACAACGAGGAUGAGGCCGAUGAGGAGAGCAAGCGCAACCGGGUGACUCUGGCUGACCUUACUGAGAAGAAGAAAGGAAGGUUUGGGUGGUUCAGCCAGUCGUCCGACACUCAUGCGAGCGUUCCAGCCAGCGAAACUGAAUCUGUGAACACCGAGAAUCAAAACGGGGAGGAUGAAAAGACGCCGUGCUGCGGACCUCUGUGUCAAAAAAUUUCAAAGUCAAAGUUCAGUCGGCGCUGGCGCCGCUGGAACAGGUUCUGCCGCAGAAAGUGCCGGUUGGCCGUCAAAUCGGUGCCUUUCUAUUGGCUUGUCAUCAUCCUGGUGUUCCUCAACACUCUCACCAUAUCAUCAGAGCAUUACAACCAGCCUAUGUGGCUGACACAAGUGCAGGAUGUGGCCAACAAGGUGCUGCUAGCCCUGUUCACAUGUGAAAUGUUGGUGAAGAUGUACAGUCUUGGGCUACAGGCCUAUUUUGUUUCACUGUUCAACCGCUUUGACUGCUUUGUGGUGUGCGGAGGAAUCACUGAAACCAUUCUGGUCGAGCUGGAAAUCAUGUCUCCCCUCGGUAUUUCUGUGUUCCGCUGCGUCCGCCUGCUGAGGAUCUUCAAGGUCACACGCCACUGGCAGUCUCUAAGUAACCUGGUGGCGUCUCUGCUCAACUCCAUGAAGUCCAUCGCUUCCCUGCUGCUGCUGCUCUUCCUCUUCAUCAUCAUCUUCUCCUUGCUGGGCAUGCAGGUGUUUGGGGGAAAGUUCAACUUUGACGAGACCCAGACCAAGAGGAGCACCUUUGACAACUUUCCCCAAGCCCUUCUCACUGUGUUUCAGAUCCUGACUGGAGAAGACUGGAACGCCGUUAUGUAUGACGGGAUUAUGGCGUACGGAGGCCCUUCCUCUUCUGGGAUGAUCGUGUGCUUUUACUUCAUCAUCCUCUUCAUCUGUGGAAACUAUAUCCUCCUGAAUGUCUUCUUGGCUAUCGCUGUGGACAACUUGGCAGAUGCAGAGUCUCUCAACACAGACGAAGGAGACAAGAAAGGGGACAAAAAGGAUGAUGAGAAAGAUGAAAAGGAGGAAGAGGAGGAAAUUGACGACACUGCGGCGGAGGAGGAGGAUCCAGAAGUUCCAUCGGGGCCUCGGCCGGUCAUCUCUGAACUGGUAAAGAAGGAGAAGAUCACUCCAAUCCCGGAAGGAAGCGCCUUCUUCAUCUUCAGCAGCACAAACCCGUUUCGCGUGUUUUGCCACAGACUCAUCAAUCAUCACAUAUUCACCAACCUCAUCCUGGUGUUCAUCAUGCUCAGCUCUGCCUCACUCGCUGCUGAGGAUCCUAUCCGAAACUUCUCGGCUCGCAAUAUUAUACUUGGUUACUUUGACUAUGCUUUCACGGCUAUCUUUACUGUUGAGAUCGUUUUGAAGAUGACGACAUACGGAGCCUUCCUCCAUAAAGGAGCAUUCUGUAGGAAUUACUUCAACCUCCUGGACCUGCUGGUGGUGGGAGUGUCCCUCGUCUCCUUUGGCAUCCAGUCCUCGGCCAUCUCAGUGGUGAAGAUUCUUAGGGUCCUUCGUGUUCUUCGACCCCUGAGGGCCAUCAACCGAGCCAAAGGCCUAAAGCACGUGGUGCAGUGUGUGUUUGUGGCCAUCAGAACUAUCGGUAACAUCAUGAUCGUCACCACUCUGCUCCAGUUCAUGUUCGCCUGUAUAGGGGUGCAGCUGUUUAAGGGAAAGUUCUAUCGCUGCACAGAUGAAGCCAAGUCUAGCCCAGAAGAGUGCAAGGGCACGUACAUCCUGUAUAAAGAUGGAGAUGUGAACCAGCCAACCAUACACAAAAGAUUGUGGCACAACAGCGACUUCAACUUUGACAACGUCCUCAUGGCUAUGAUGGCUCUGUUCACUGUGUCCACUUUUGAAGGCUGGCCUGCGUUACUAUACAAGGCAAUAGACUCCAACAGGGAGAACCUCGGUCCCAUUUACAACUACCGCGUGGAGAUUUCCAUCUUCUUCAUCAUCUACAUCAUCAUCAUUGCUUUCUUUAUGAUGAACAUCUUUGUAGGUUUUGUGAUCGUCACAUUUCAGGAACAAGGAGAGAAAGAGUACAAAAACUGUGAACUGGAUAAGAACCAGCGUCAGUGUGUGGAGUACGCUCUUAAGGCACGUCCUCUGAGGAGAUACAUCCCUAAGAACCCGUACCAGUACAAGUUCUGGUAUGUGGUGAACUCCACUGGGUUUGAGUACAUCAUGUUUGUGCUCAUCAUGCUCAACACACUCUGCCUGGCUGUGCAGCACUAUGGCCAAUCAGCUCUCUUUAACUAUGUAAUGGACAUUCUUAAUAUGGUCUUCACUGCUGUCUUCACUGUGGAAAUGGUUCUCAAACUCAUCGCUUUCAAACCCAGGCACUAUUUCGCUGAUGCUUGGAACACAUUUGAUGCCUUAAUUGUUGUUGGUAGCGUCGUCGAUAUCGCUAUCACUGAAGUUAAUCCAACGGAGACUCCUCAGGUGGAUGAGCAGGGGAACACGGAGGACAGUGCUCGCAUCUCUAUCACCUUCUUUCGUCUGUUUCGAGUCAUGCGGCUGGUCAAGCUCCUCAGCAGAGGGGAGGGCAUUCGCACCCUGCUUUGGACUUUCAUCAAAUCCUUCCAGGCUCUGCCAUAUGUUGCUCUUCUGAUAGCCAUGCUGUUCUUCAUCUACGCUGUGAUUGGAAUGCAGGUGUUCGGAAAGAUUGCCAUGGUGGACGGCACGCACAUCAACAGAAACAACAACUUUCAGACCUUCCCUCAGGCUGUGCUCCUUCUCUUCAGAUGUGCCACUGGAGAGGCAUGGCAGGAGAUCAUGUUGGCCUGUAUGCCAGGGAAGCUGUGUGACCCAGAGUCUGACUACAACCCCGGGGAGGAGAUGACAUGUGGCAGUGGAUUUGCAAUAAUUUACUUCAUCACUUUCUACAUGCUCUGCGCCUUCUUGAUUAUCAAUUUGUUUGUGGCUGUCAUCAUGGACAACUUUGACUAUCUAACACGUGAUUGGUCCAUUCUUGGUCCACACCACCUCGAUGAAUUCAAGAGAAUUUGGUCAGAGUACGACCCAGAGGCAAAAGGCAGAAUUAAACAUCUUGAUGUUGUGACACUUCUUCGUCGCAUCCAGCCUCCCCUCGGCUUUGGCAAACUGUGCCCACACAGAGUUGCUUGCAAGAGGCUGGUAGCCAUGAACAUGCCUCUGAACAGUGAUGGCACAGUCAUGUUUAAUGCCACUUUGUUUGCACUGGUGCGCACCGCCCUGAAGAUCAAAACAGAAGGUAAUCUAGAGCAGGCCAACGAAGAGCUGCGGGCUGUCAUCAAGAAAAUCUGGAAGAGAACCAGCAUGAAGCUGCUGGAUCAAGUGGUGCCUCCUGCUGGUGAUGAUGAGGUAACCGUGGGGAAGUUCUAUGCCACCUUCCUGAUACAGGACUACUUUAGGAAAUUCAAGAAACGUAAAGAGGAAGGCCUGGUGGGUGCUCACCCCUCCCAGAACAACACAGCUAUUGCUCUACAGGCUGGCCUUCGCACGCUGCAUGAUAUUGGGCCCGAAAUUCGCCGAGCGAUAUCAUGUGAUCUGCAAGAUGACGAGCUAGUAGACUUUAUUCCAGAGGAAGACGAGGAAAUUUAUAGGCGUAAUGGCGGACUCUUCGGUAACCAUCUCAUGAACGGUGGUCAUCGGCGAUCCAACGGCCACCAGACCAACGCUACACAGCGACCUCUACAGGUGCAGCCUCCACCGCACUAUGCCCAUAUGGAGCAACCAGUGGGACGCCUGUCUCGAGCCAACGCCAUGUCCCACCCCAACCACCAUCAUCACCACCACCACCAUCACCACCGCCACCACAACUCCUACGGCAAGUCUCCCAAAUCCACCAACAUCAACCUCAACAAUGCCAACGUGUCCAGUCUGCCCAACGGAGGACACCAUCGUUACUAUGAACAUGCACCUCCUAAUGGCUAUCCAGGUCUUCGCAGCUCCUACUACGACUAUGACAAGCCUCGGACACCCCAGGGUCAAAGAAGGCGCUACUAUGAGGCCUAUGUUAGGUCCCACGGAGUGGAUGGACGCCACCCUACCAUCCGCAGGGAGGAGGAGUUUGAUGAAGACCGCUUCUCUGGGGAGUAUUACAGUGGAGAGGAGUUUUAUGAAGACGACAGUAUGCUGUCAGGGGACAGGUAUCAGAACAGUGACACAGAGUAUGAGACUCCCAAAGGUUACCAUCACCCUGACAGUUACUAUGACGAUGAUGAGCAGCCUCUCUACCGCGACUCACAUAGGUCACCAAAGAGACGGCUGCUUCCUGCCACACCUCAAGGUAACAGGAGGCCAUCCUUCAACUUUGAGUGUCUGCGCAGACAAAGUAGCCAGGACGAGCUUCCACAUCAGCGUACUGCUCUACCACUGCACCUUAUGCAGCACCAGGUUAUGGCUGUAGCAGGCCUGGACUCCAGCAGAGCCCACCGCCUCUCCCCGACCCGCUCCACCCGCUCCUGGGCCACUCCUCCUGCCACUCCGGCCAGUAAAGACCAGUCACCAUACUACACUCCUCUCAUCCGUGUGGACCACCCACACAGGGAGAGCGCUGCUAGUAGCCAAGUGUCUGUGCGCAAGAGCUCCUGGUACACGGAUGACCCCGAGUUCUCCCAGAGGACGUACUCGCCCAUCCACCUGCAGGUGCCGCCUGAGUACCAUAACCAGUACCACCAGAAGAGAGGCAGCGCCACCAGCCUUGUGGAAGCGGUUUUGAUUUCAGAAGGGCUUGGGAGAUAUGCCAAGGACCCCAAAUUCGUCGCUGCCACAAAGCACGAGAUAGCAGAUGCGUGUGAGAUGACGAUAGAUGAGAUGGAGAGUGCAGCCAGUCACUUGCUGAACGGAGGGAUGGCCCCGGUCGUCAACGGGGUCAACGUGUUCCCCAUUCUGACUCCAAGGGACUAUGAACUGCAGGACACAGCAGCCAGCUACAGCGAUGAGGAGCCAGAAACAGAACCAAGAGCUCCUUAUGAGGAGGACCUGGCAGAUGAGAUGAUCUGCAUCACAACUUUAUAGCAGUGGCUGGAGAAAUCUGCAAAUUAGAACCAUGUCAGACUAAAUCAGUGAAAAUUAAAAAAGAAAUGCAUCUGUUGGCUCCGACCAAAAGAAGUGCCUUUUACAUUGAAGAGAAAAGGCAUAUAGCAGAGAGACACAUUAGUCCCGUUCAUUUAAGUUGUUCUCCACCUGCCAGCAAAGGAGGUCACAGGACAGAGCCAGAUACCAUCCCUGCUGAGCACAAAGGGACUGACUGCACCCUUCUGUCAAAGGCCUUGACCUGGAGUUGACGUACUGGUUCAGCCUGCAGCCAAUCAGAGAUGAAGACAUUGAUGCCAGUGAAAGAUGGAACAAUUGGCAGAGGUGUGAGAUACUCUCUAGGGCGGGUCUUUAAGGGUGAUGACAAUCAGAUGUACGAUGUCAUUACCUCGGUCACUUUAUUAAGGUUUGGCAUAUCAUGCAAGUUUUCAAUGCAAGCAUAGAAAGGCAUAUCUCCUCCCGUAGUCGUUAGUAUAUAUUGAUCCCUUUGUUGUCAUUACAGACCGUUUAACGAUCGCUACAGCUGAGUCAAAAAGUGAAGAGCACCAGUAGAGUUGUACCAGAUUAUGCAGGAACUAACUGUCCUACUUAUAGCAUCAUUCAACUUGAGAUAUGUACUUUUGAAGCGACAAAAGCAUUUGUGAUAAAUGCACUAGCAGGCAGGUUAUUUUAAAAUUUUAGAAUAGCCUGGUUAAUAUUUCAUAGUUGAUAUGCUGUAAAUUGUAUUAUAUAACAAAAGGAACUUUGUAAAGAGAUUCUAUAUUUUGUAAUUAUGUAUAAUUUAAAAGAUCAGCAAUAUGGACCCUUGUGACUCCUGUUAUGCUAUAAAAGCAGACUUGCAUUAUUUUAUUAGGUACAAUAUUUUAAUGUUCAUUUGCCUUUUAUUUUUUUGCUAAUAUGCACCCUUUAUUUUGCCUAUAAAAACAGCAUUUUUAAGAGGUUCUGCUUGUGUGACAACACUGCUGCACAAGAUAUGCAAAUGGCUUUGAUUUCUUAGCAUAGGAGUACAUGUGUUACUUCAUUAAACCAACACCAGUUGCAUAAGGUUAAGCCCCCUUUAAAGGAGCAUUUUUAGAAGGCAAGCCUCAAGGAUCCAGUGCUGAAAUUUUAUACAGAUGUGAUGACCACAUUUGUUUGCAUAUUUUGUGCAGGGCAUGCACAAGAAUUUAAAAUGCAUAGUGCAUUAACAAUGCUGCUUUUUUAGUUGGUUUCAGAGUCAAACCUAGGUUUCGUCAGCCCCUACUGAAAUGCCUUUUUGCUGCUGAAAGAAAGAAAAAUGAUAGAUGGUAAUAACAGGGAUAAAUUCAUUCAUGCUGGGAUUAUCCAUGACAUACUCUUCGUUGAUCAUGGUUGUAAUUCCAUUAAACCUUUGUACUGAAUCUUGGCAAUCACAUCUUAGCCUUCAUGUAGUGUGUGAGGCCUCGAAGCCUGUGGUGGCAGGAGACACAUGCACACAUCCAAAGGUCAGAAACAGUCCAACGUGUGUUUUAGAUGGAAGGACAGAAGGUGUCCUGAUGUCAGGAUGCUGGAGAGAGGCAAAGCAAUACUAAUCCCCCGACCCUUUCUCUCUCAGCCUGCCUGGUUCCUGCAUACAGAAUACCUCGUUAGGCAACAGUGACAACAUAUCAUUGUCUCAAUUUACUGUCUGUCACAGUGUCCCACAGUGGAGUCUUUGAAAGGGAUUAGGUAUGGCUGAACCUGGACUUUGUGUUUUUUCCCCUAAUGAUAUUUAUUAAUGAGACUAAAAGGGGGGAAACUAACCCUUGUUGCAUAAAAAGGAGCAACUGAAGCUCACAAGUUGGAACACAACAAAAUAUCUUUUUAUCAACUAUCAUUUAUUGGUCUGUUACAAUACUAGACUAAAUAAACUGAAGUGGGCUUUUUCAGGCAUUACCAUGGAGAGUUUGAAUUAGCACCAAGGAUAUUUAGGGUUCAUGUGAUCUGUUGUUCAUGAGUGUUUGAUUUGUAGGUGAGUGCGUACUGUACUCUAAUUCAACCGAAUACUGUCAUGAAAGUGUAGGUUUUCCAUUUUGUGUGCACAUUGAAAGGGCUCUUUGAAUUGUUUGUGAGUAAAAAAAAAAUGUGUUCUAGUCCUUUUGUUGAUGACUGUCAUAUAAAAGGACCAAUGCACAUAACAGGCACAUUGUACUAUUCGUAGCAAUUACAGUACUGAUGAACUGAAGAUAUGCAUUAUUUUGUAAACACUUUUAAAAGUUGUGUUAAACUAAAGAUGAAAAGAACUUACUUUUACCUCAUGUCAGGGAUUCCUGAAAAAAGAAAAUAUUGAUUUGGUUCAGUCUAUACCAAUGGUAUUUAAAUAUUAGCACAUAGCUGUUUGUCUUUGCACAAGUAACUGUAUAGUGCUUUUGUUUCUCCUUUUUCUAAACAGAUUUGUGUAUUAAGGUGAGACAAUUUUGUACUUUUUGUGACUGUGUGUAUGGUUUAGUGGAAUCUAUAUUUGUCAUUUACACCUCACCUUACAAUGCUGGGAAUGAAAGUGUAUUAAAAAAUAAUUUCAAGGUGCACUGUUUCUCUGUUCGCAGGUAGGGAAAAAAAUAAAAUGGUAAAGUACCUGUUUACAGAGAAACACAUAUUGAUUUGAACGUUUCUAUUAGUUUUCUUCAUAUUGUUAUGAUUAUAAUUACUAUUACAACUAUUAAUGUUCUGAAAGCUGUAUUAAAAUAGAAGAUAAUGUAAAAUAUGUACAAAAGUAUGGAAAGACCCAUGGUAAUGUUCUCUACUUGAAAGUCUUGAUAUUUGCUCCUUAAUGUUUUUAUUCAGUAAACAUCAUUUCUCUUAGUAGCAAAUGCUUUACUAUAACCUUCUAGGUUUUGUAUCAAUACAUUUUUUUGUAUUUUUGAUUUUAGUUGGCCUUG